UAAUAACUCACUUCCACUUAAUUGUCAUCGUCCCAAAUAUAUAUUUAACAGUUCUAUUUGAUAUUAUUUUGCAAGUAUCAUAAUGAAGGUAGGAAGCAAUCUCCUAAUAGUCGGAGCUAUAUUUGCUCUCUUCAUCCUUACCAAUGGAUCUGGUGAAAUGCGCAGAUUGGGUGAAACUACCUAUUGUCUUGAAUCUGCGACAGUUGAUGGAACAUGUGACGAUCCAUCUAGGACUUGUGACGAAGUAUUCAUGAAUGAAUUAAAAGGAUCAUCGUCUAUGGCUAAAGAUUGUCAAUGUCAAAUGCUUUCUAAGAAUUCGCGUCGUUGCACAUGUUGUAUUAAUUGUAAUGUGGCUAUUAAUAUGACUCCUAGUAAACAAUGUAAUAUGUAAUUAAUGGAAUUUUCCAUUAAAAAAGUGUUCUUGAACACUUAUUAAGAAAAACACUUAUUAAAGAAUAAAAUAAAAUAAAUAAAAGAAAAGUUUU